GAACCCAUCUUUCUCUACUCAAAGGCAUCACCUCUACAAAAGAGCUCUAGUCCUGCUUCUUUUUCUAUUGUUUUUCUUGUUGUCAGUAAAUGUUGCCAAAGCAGGCCAGUAUUACUGAACUCUGUCUCUGUCUGUCUCCAGCCAGGAGGAAAGGUGCAUCUAGACAUUCUGUCAGAGUUAGUGCGUCCUAGCAUCGACUACGUCCGCCACAAGAAGUUUCGUUCUGGGAACUUCCCAUCGUCGCUGAGUAACGAGAGUGAUCGCCUGGUUCACUGGUGCCACGGAGCCCCUGGUGUCAUCCAUAUGCUCAUAAUGGCUCAUAAGGUGUUUAAAGAGGAGAAGUACUUAAAGGAGGCUGUGGAAUGCGCUGAAGUGAUCUGGCAGCGGGGCCUGCUCAGAAAAGGCUACGGCAUCUGCCAUGGCACCGCCGGCAACGGCUACGCCUUCCUGUCCCUUUACAAGCUCACCCAGGAGAAGAAAUACCUUUACCGCGUCUGCAAGUUUGCCGAGUGGUGUUUGGCAUAUGGGACCCACGGCUGUCGCAUUCCAGACAGACCGUACUCUCUUUUUGAAGGUAUGGCAGGGACCAUCUACUACCUGUCAGAGAUGGCAAACCCUGAAGCCUCCUGUUUCCCUGCCUUUGAACUUUGACCUUCCAACUGAUGGGACGAUGAUGAAGGGGGACGGGGACAAACUGUUCUUUGCUGGAACACUGGACUAGGAUGAUUUUCUUUCAGCUUUUGGUCAUGAGGCAGUAGUGACCAAAUUAGACUGAAAAUGAAGACCAGGCUCAAACUGAGAAGAGUGGGUGCAAUUGAUUGUUUGUUGGGGUUAACAUAGUUUGGUUUAUGAAAUUGAAAACAUACACAAGGAGAUAAAGAAGGACCAAACUACAGGUUGAAUGUUGAUGGAUAUUUCCCUAUUUAAUUAUCGACGCUUUAAUCCUGUGGGUCAGAUCUCACGAGUCCUUCAGCUCUGAGGUCCCCCGUCAUCCUCCAGUGUCGGGGUGAAGACGUGGACCCCAUGUCUCCUCCUCACCCAUUACUAUAUAUUGCCAGCUGGCAUGGACACCGAAGAACACACUCUGCCCUCAGCCUUUAAUAUUGUAGCACAUAGGCCAAGAAAGAGGGUGUGUGUGUGGUGUGUGUGUUUGUGUGGAUGGAUGCGUGUGUGUGAAGUGAACUAAAGCUGUUUAGGUAUUUCUACGCCUCUGCAUGCUGUAUCGUAUGGCUCGUAUCCUGUCAAUGUAGUGCUUUCCUCUUCCUGUAUUUGUAGCUUUGCUGUUUCAGCUCUCCAUUUGUCACAUAGUGGCUCUUUAAUUUCACUGAGAAGUUGAAACUAGCUUACUGCGCCAGACUUUUGUCAAGUUAACCAGUACAUCAGCUGUCCAAUUUAAAACUACAGCAGGUAACUUUUUGUUAUAUUCUGAAAGAAUGAAUAUAUCCUGACAGUAGUAAAUCAGACAGAUAAUCUGUGAAAAAAUCAGGUUCCUCUGGCUCCUCCUAGUGCGGGACUAGGGUCUGAAUGAAAACAACCAAAUCAGAGCCAAGAAUGAUA